AUGUCUGACCAAUUGCAAUUUCGGAAGCAUCACCGUUACUUCGUGCGGCAUCUGAACAGUUUUCCGGGUCAAUAUUCAUCGCUGGAUAGCACCCGGUUAACUAUGCUCUAUUUUGCCGUCUCCGGGCUCGACCUUCUGGAUGAAGUCGAAAAGGUCUUUGACGCGGAACAGAAGGCCAAGCUGAUCGACUGGAUCUACUCUCUUCAGUUGACAUCCGAAACAGAUGUACCAGUACGCUCAUUGGGCGUCACAGAUGCCGGGUGCUCCGGUUUUACAGCGAUGGCGUUCGAUGGCAAGGAAGCUGGCCAAUUUAUUGUCGAAAGCAACCUGGCCUAUUUCUGGGAUCGACGUGAGCUGUUCGGCGAUUUCGACACAUUACCAGUACCGGUUGUCCCCAGUCGUCCACUGCCCGGGGCAUUAACCCGUCUACCUGGUUACUUCAGAUACGAUCUACCUGAGGCCCAACUGAAUCACCGUAAUGCGUUGGUUGCAAAAAGUGUCGGCAAGAAACGCAUGAAAGUAUGGACCGUCAGCCAACAAAGUGACACAAAGACUAUGGAGGAAUUUGUCUUCAAUAUUAACCCUGAUGCAUGCACCCUGAAAAAGGGACCUGUUGCAACCGCGGUGGACGAUGAGGUUCGACAAUUAAAAAGCGCGAGCGAAAGUUUUGGUGGAGAAGUCUGGAUCCGAACUCGAUUGGGGCUAUUGCUGAAACAAGGCGAUUCUACUUCGCAGGUCUUUCGUGGUCACGUUCCCUGCUUUCAUGAACAUCCAUAUCUUCCGGAAAUAACGAUAUGUGACGCUCGCGAGUUUAUCUGGAUCGGUCAGCCUGAUAGAUUGAGCCGUGUGAAGAAUCUAUGCGGCAUCACGACAAAGUUUACAGCGCCGUACUCUCAUCCGAAAUUCUUGUUUGCCGCCAAUGAAGAUCUGGUGCGACUCCUUGAUACGCGAUCGGAUACGCGGCCUGAGAUUCUAUAUACCGUUCCUGAAUGGUACUAUCCUCGCAAGGGAUUGUUAGAAACGACGGCAGAGUUCUUCGGAAAAGAUGAAAUCCGACAUGUCGAAGCCGUGAAUGGAUCGGAGAGAUAUUGUGUGCUCAUCACCACUCGUUAUUUAAUCAUCGUUGAUUCGCGAUAUCCCGGAAGACAUUUGCUAAGAAUCGGCCAUGGAUUUGUCGGGACGGUUCAUUAUGUCGAAACCUCGCCUCCGAUCGAUGAUCCGCAGAACGGCGGCAAAAUCUACAAUGUCAAUCUGCUCGGCCACACGCCACCCCUGACGAAGACGCUCUCUUUCUAUCAGCAUUGUGAUGGACUUUGGUCCUCGUUGCGCCCUGGAUAUGAUUGGCGGCAUCCACACGGUUUUAUGACUGCGUUUCGGAUGGAUACUCCCGGGCCUUCGUACAAGCAUUUGUUUCCACCCGUCCGCUCAAUUGCAACUGUGAAUGGUCUUGGGGACGAACUUACGUUCCCGCGAGAAAUUGUAUUGUCCGCUCUUGAUGACGGGUCUAUAUGGUCUGAAUACCGCGGCUAUCAACGGAUCAGUGAAGAAGAGCACACGCGCAGGAUUGACAACUCGAUGAACUCGAUCAAAGAGUACGUCGAAACUCAUCGUUCGACGAAACCCACCUAUUUUCAUGAUAUUGACGACGAGCUUUUUUGUGACAGGACAAAGCAGAAAAAGGCUAAGAUGGUCGUUUCUGAACGCGAAAUACACGAUGUUUAUGCGCUCGAAGAAUUUGAUCCAGAGAUGCCGUUCCGGAGGCACUGCCCUCCAGCCGAUACGCCAGUUAUUGACGAGAUAGACCCGACAACCGCCACACUUUCCGAAAAGGCUACUAAUAUGUACCUCAACAAACCACCGACGUUGGAGCAGUAUCAAGAAUCUUAUGAUCAUCGCUUCCGCCACGGCACUCUACGCGCUGGAAUUGAUCGGAAUUUACGCGCCAACAAAUUCGAAUCCAAUGACGUUCAUAUGGAGCCAGUCGAAGAUGAGGAAAACUCUGAAGACGAACUGAAACAACUCAACCUUUAUUUGUUGCCCGGCUUCAUAUUGUGGUUUUCGCGGAUCGCACACGAAUACGAUCAUGCCAACUUGGCGCAGACCUACUCGGCUCUACUGAGUUUGCUGGUUCUCGGCGACGACCUUUCAAGAGUCGAUAGGCGUGCUGUGCUAGAGGCGAUUCGCUUGGCUCAACGUGACGAUGGAUGUUUCUGGGCUCAAGGCCCAGGCAGCGAGUGUGACAUGCGCUUCGUCUACUGCGCGGUGGCCAUCUGCCAUCUUCUCGGAGAUUUUGUGACGAUUGAUUGGACGAAGCUUGCCAGUUUUCUACGUGCUAGUUUCUCCUACGAAGGUGGAUUCGGUCAGGGUCCUAUGGAUGAAGGGCACGGUGGCUCUACGUACUGUGCUGUGGCUGCGUUGUCCUUGGGCGGAAAACUGUGGGAUGGCUCGGUGCUGAGCGACAAAGACAUCAAGCUCCUCACGAAAUGGGUGCUCAAUAAGCAAGAGGCGGGUUUUCACGGCCGAUCCGGAAAACCAGACGACACUUGCUAUGCGUUUUGGCUUGGUGCCACCCUCAAGAUUUUGGGUGCUUAUCAUCUAUGCGAUGCUGCGCGGAUCCGCACCUUUCUGCUCUCAGCCCAACACAACCAUAUGGGUGGAUUCGCUAAGCUUCCGGAGCCCGGAAUGCAUUCAGAUCUUCUUCACAGCUAUUUCUCCCUGGCUGCGCUCGCCAUUCAAGGCGAACCCACGCUAUCCGUCAUCAAUCCAUCGGCCAACAUUUCUCAACGAACAUAUGAGCGAUUGAUGAAACUUCGUUUCGAU